CUCACGUCCUGUCUCAUCGACUAUGUCAACCUUUUCAUCUUCUCCCAUCGUCAUAGAUGGUAAAGGCCAUCUGCUUGGUCGCCUGGCCUCAGUCAUCUCGAAGCAGAUAUUGUCCGGUCAGAAGGUGACAGUCGUGCGAUGCGAGGAGAUCAACUGUUCUGGCUCGUUUUUCCGAAACAAAUUGAAGUAUCAUGCAUAUCUGCACAAACGUCAUAUCGUAAACCCCAAAAAGUCGGGACCCUUCCACUUUCGUGCUCCGUCGAGAAUCCUCUACAAAGCUGUCCGUGGCAUGGUCCCUCACAAAACACCCCGCGGUGAGGCUGCUUUGAAGCGACUGGAGUUGUACGAAGGUGUUCCCCCUUCCCAAGAUCGCGUGAAGAAGAUGGUCGUGCCAGCUGCGUUGCGCGUCUUACGAUUGAAGCCCGGCCGCAAAUACUGUACCCUCAAACGCAUCUCUCACGAAGUGGGAUGGGGUUAUAAGGACGUGGUGGACAGGCUUGAAGAAAAGAGGAAGGUCAAGGGUCAGGCAUAUUACGAGAGAAAGAUGGCCACUCUGAAAUUGAAACAGAAGGCCUUCGCGACAGUGGCCAGCGAUGAGCGCCUCACCUCCUACGGCUAUUGAGUGAGAUAUAGUACGCUUGACGGACAUGCAUGUUGAUACAACCUUCUC